UCCCGGGCCCCGGGUCGGCGGGUGUCGGCCCCCGGCCCCACCCCCGGGAAGCCCCUCCCGUCGGGCCGGGCCUCCUUCUAUAUAAUAAGCGGGGGCGGCUGUUUGGGGGCCUCCUCCUCUCCCUCCCUCCCUCCUUCCCUCCUCCAGCUCGGUCCCCUCUUCCCGCGGCCGGUCCCCUCUCCCGGGUCCCCCGGGACGGGAGCGGGCCCCCCCCGCCCCCCCCGCUCCUGGUCUUGGCAUCCCGGGGGUCCCUCCGGCCCCCGGUGUCCCCCCGCACCAUGUCGGAGAAGAGCGCGGAGGCGGCAGCGGCCGAGCUCAGCGCCAAGGACCUGAAGGAGAAGAAGGAGAAGGCCGAGGAGAAGCCCAGCCGGAAGGAGAGGAAGAAGGAAGUGGUGGAGGAAGAGGAGAACGGAGCUGAAGAAGAGGAGGAGGAGGAGACACCCGAGGAUGGAGAGGAGGACGAUGAAGGGGAGGAUGAAGACGAGGACGGCGACGAGGACGAGGAGGAGGGUGAAGGGCCCGCACUGAAGAGAGCCGCUGAGGAUGAGGAUGAAGCGGCUCCCAAGAGGCAGAAGACAGAGAACGGGGCUUCGGCGUGAACCCCAGCCCGCUGGGCCGGGCUGGGGAUGGGGGCAGGGAGGUCGCAGGGGAGGGGGCCGGGAGAGCCGUCCCACCCGAGGCUCCCAGCCCC